GAAGAACAAUUGCUUAACACUUUCCUCUUCCUACAUAGACACACUAGAAAAGGCGCUAGACAGUGCCGAAGCUUGAAGUUCCCUAGAAGCUUUUUAGACUUGUCAUCCAUUAGAGGCGCCAAGCGGCUUAAGAGCAACAUUCGUUCCGUGCUGAUUAUGACGCCCAACAGCCAAGGAUAACGAAACCUAUCGAUUAAAGCAAUCCUAAGGAGGCAAGUGAGCCAUGCAUGAGCUGACAGCCCAGGUCACCAGCAGCCUGCUGCCUUUCCCUGCGGUGACCCUCGAGGCUGUGGGAGAGGAUGAGAUCACGCAGGACUCCGUGCUUCACGGAAAGUUUACCGUAGGCCGCGGAGGACAUGCUUGGCUCGCCAGCGGCCCCCAUCUUGAGAUUGUCCACGCACUUACAGCUGAACGUAUGUCUGCAUACCGCUUUCGUGGUGGAGAAGAGCCCCCGCCCAGUAUCGUCACGGCGAGGGACUUCAGCUGGCUCAAAAGGUCUGGAUUGCUAGUGGGCUUGGAAGAAACAGAAGGCAGUGUGCUGUGUCUUUAUGACUUGGGACUGUCCAAAGUGACAAAGGCUGUGGUUAUACCAGGCAGUAUUACAGCCAUUGAGCCUUUAGUGAGCUAUGGUGGGGCAAGCACUUCCACCCAGCACCUCCACCAGAGUCUUCGCUGGUUCUUUGGCAUCGCCGCUGUCGUAACAGAUAUCGGCCAUGUUCUGCUUGUGGACCUCUGUCUGGAUGACAUGUCUUUUUGCCAGAGUGAGCUGAAGGCUUCAGGUUUGCAAGUAGUGACCAAAACUGCGAGAGAGAUUCCCAGGCUCCGAGAAGUGAGCCACAGAGAGGGCAGACACCUUUCCCUCCAGCUCAACGGACCAAGUGGUGUAUCCGCUACAGCCCUGCAGUACAUCCCUAGAACAAACCAACUGGCCGUGGGCUUCUCUGAUGGCUACUUGCAACUAUGGAACUUGAAGUCUCUCAGAAAAGAGUACCACUCCCAGUUGGAUGGUGGCAGAGUGCCCGUUCAUGCCUUCACCUUCCAGGAGCCGGAAAAUGACCCCAGAAACUGCUGCUACCUCUGGGCUGUCCAGUCUUCUCAAGAUCAAGAAGGCGAUACGGUCAGCCUCCAUCUGCUACAGAUGGCUUUCAGUGAGCGGAAAUGUCUUGCCUCAGGGAAGAUCCUCUAUGAGGGUCUAGAGUACUGUGAGGAGCGUUACAGUCAGGAGCUGAGUGGUGCGGCUUUUCCUCUCAGAGCCCAGACCACCAACACCCGUCUGCUGAGCUGCCGGACCAUUGAGAAAUUUCGACCCCACCCAGACAGGGAUGACAGCCUAAAUGAAGUCGCAUCUCCGGACACCAGUGUGUCCAUAUUUAGUUGGCAAGUCAAGGCCUACGGAGAGGGACUGCCAUCGACCUACGUUGGGGUUUUUGACAUCAACCGUUGGUACCAUGCACAGAUGCCGGAUUCAUUCAGAAUGGGCGAAUCUCUGCAGAACUGCCCCUAUCUGGCUGUUUGGUGUUUGGACCCAGUGAUACAAAUGUCUGCUCAGAAGAUCUUACUAGAUGUGAUUGUGCAUGAUCACAGUCUCAGUCGGGGCCUACCUUUAACUUUUCCCCCACCAGAACAGUACUUUAACCCGACCGCAUACAACUUUGAUGCUACUUGCCUGUUCAGCUCUGGAAUUGUUCAUUCAAUGUGCUCUGGAUAUCAGAAACAGACCUUGAGCUUUUUGAAGAAAGCUGCUCCAUGUUCCAGUGAUGUCAUUUCCAGCAACUACUCGCGCUGCCUCAUGUCAGGCCUCCUAUCAUCUCGUCUUGCUGAUGCACACACCUCCAGUCUCUCUCAGGAGGAGCAACUGGAUGCCAUCCUGUCGACUGCAGUAGAGACCAGCACUUUGGGACUGAUCACUGGUUGUAUCAAGCAGUGGACUACGGAGGAACAACCUGGCUCCGCACUAAACCUUCGCUAUAUCUUGGAUUGGGCUUGGAACAAAGUGAUCCAGACCAAGGAGGAACUGGAUGGCAUUUGUGCACCUCUGUUCGACAGCUCGUCCAACUUCACAGAUCCUCAGACUAUGCAGCUGCUGCAGCACAAUCAAAGACUUCUGGAGAACCUCGGCACCAUCUUCCGCUGUCUGCUCACUGAAGCUCAGGAGCUCACGCAGAAAGGUCUCGUGGGACUCAUCAACAAGAAUGUGGCUUCUAGUCUGAUUUCCAUGUACGCUCAAGUGGUCCUCUGGUUCUGUCGCACUGGCCUGCUGCCUGAAGUAUCAGAUGUUGAUGCCAUGCAGAUCUCCAGGCCUUUCUUCAGUCACUCAGUCUUUAGCAACUAUUACUCUAUUCGCAGGGAGGAGCUCACCUCUUCUGCAAAGGGGAAGUGGUGUGCAGACUGCCUCAUGAUUGACAAUUUGGUUGGCCAAUGUGGAGAACAUUUGGCCAACCUAUGGAAAAGAGAUGAAGGUGGAACAGGACAAUACCCUCCACCGAGCCUUCAUGCUUUGCUGGAUAUAUAUCUACUGGACAGUGUUGAUGAGGCUGCAAAACAUGCGAUUGUAAUCUAUUUAUUGUUGGAUGUCAUGUGGUCGUUCCCCAAUGAGGAGGGAUCAUCGGUGGAGUCUUACCCCAUAGCUUUUGACGUCCCUAUUGGAUUACUUAAUCUUGUGCAUGGCCUUUGGCUGCUGGACCACCGUGACCACCAGCGUUCAUUUGAAGUGCUUCUGAAUCCGAACACUUCUCGGUGUCAAUUUGAGUGGCUGCAUGAGCGUGUCCUACAAGCGUUAAUGUGUGAGGGCCAACAUUCCAUGGCAGUCCGCUACUUUAACGCCACAAAGCCCCCCGUUUGCUCCAUCUCUCAGGCCAGACUCUAUCUGGCUGUACUGCUACACAACAAGUGUCUCACUGAGGCAUUGUCAUUGCUACGGCAACACUCGAAUCUUCUCAACAGGGCUGAGCUGCUUGGCUUUGUGUACGAGAGCUGUCAGGAACUGGGCCUCAUCAAAGAGUUGCUCAAACUGCCACUUGGCCCCACUGAGCAGGAGGCUUUGGAAAAUUUUCUACAAGGUACGGGCGGUCUCCAAAACAGGGAAAUACUAAUGGUUCAUUACCUUCAGCAAGCUAACUACAUACCAGCCCUGCGACUCAACCACAGCCUCAAAAUGCAGCUCGUGAAUGAGCGAGACCCAAAGCUUAAAGAGCGAUCAGAAACCCGCAACUCUAUAUUGGAGCAGUACGGUAAAGUUCUACCCAGAGUUCAGAGGAAACUGGCGAUGGAGAGGCCCAAACCCUAUCAACAUCCCAGCACCAUCUACAAAGAAGUGACUCGUCCACAGCCACUCUCAACCAUCAGUAAGCGUCCUGCUAAUCAGAAAGUGAUGUCUCGAGCGGGCUUCAUCAACAAUGUCUUGAACAAGAUUGAGGAGGUGUGGUUGGCCAAAGGAGAGACCCCACCGUCUUCCCCUGCUAAGAGAACUGCCAGAUUCCUGAGCCCACCACCUAAGCCUGCAUCUCAAGCUCAAAUGGAACCAUUCCUGGGAACGCCAAUAACUAUGAGCUCGAAACGAAAGUCAAGGCAGGUGGACUUUAUGGUUCAUCCUUCCUGCCACACCCCUCGACCUCGUCUCAGCCCUGACAGACCCUCUUGGGCCAUUCAAAAAAGCACCACCAAGGUCCCUGAAUUCAGCUUGCUUCAAACUCCACAGAUCGUGAAGCGUGCUCGUGCCUUGGCUGCUUCUGGUGCCAUCUUCUCAGACUUUACCCCUCAAUCCAUCCUCCGCAAUAGCCAGAGGCCCACUCCCAUGGCCACUCCUUCUGCAUCACCAGGGCGCUCAGUCACCCCUCCUCUUCGCAGCAAAGACAGCAGGAUCUCUUUUACCCAAGUCGCCAGAUCUGCUGCAUUGGAAAAUGACACGCAUUGGACCAAUGGCAUGGCAGCAGACAGUGAGAUUAGCCUACUCACCAAAAGAGCCAGUUUGCCUCGCCCACGCAAAGCCUGGUCUUCACAACUUGAUGACAAUGAAGAAGCGGAGUCGCCCCAUGUGAAGUUCAUGCCACCUGAAGGUGGUAUUCCCUCACCGCAGCUGAGCUGUUCUGUAAAGGAAUCAUUCUCGGUCCAAGAAGCUGGAAAAUUAACCAACCCGUUGGACUCCAAGCAAGCUCCACUCAGCUUGAGCUUUGACACAAGUCAGAUGACGGACACCACUCUGGAGUUCUAUGACGCAGACGAACAUCAGGAGGAUGAGCAUAUCGACCCGGAUAAAGAUGACGUUGUGACUGUGAACCUCAAGUUUUUCAGUGAAAAAGAACCAGAGCAGAACUUUGUUCCAGCGACUGAGCCAGCUUCUCUGCAGCUAUCAAAUGAUGUUGAGAAUGAAGACCAGGAGCUCAAAGAACAAGAGACCUUUGAAGAUGAGAUAAAGAUCGCUGCAGAGCAAGAGGAUGACAACAAAGUAGAAGUGGGGAACCAACUCGACGAGUCGGGAAGCGAACAAGAAAAUGCUGAGCUUAUUGACAAAGAACAAGAAGUUGAAUGGGAAAUGGAGAAAAAACCUGACACUGAAUCAGGGAGCAAACAAGAACUUGCUGAAGUAGACCAAGAACAAUUAUCCUGUCAAGGUGACCUGGUUGACACUGCCCCAGAGACAGACUCUCAUCCUCAGUCGUUGAUCACAGAGAACACAGCGCAGUCAGAAGUCCUCGAGUCCACUGCCAUUUUAGAGCACGCUCAAGCCGUCACGUUCACGCAGCAUGUGAACGUAUAUGCAGAUGGCGACGCCACAAAAUUCAUCCAGCACAUGAAUGCAUUUGGAGACACUGAAGCUCCAGCCUUCACUGAGCAUGCACAAGCAUGUGGAGACACUGACCCAGCUGAGAAUUUGGAGCAAACAACAGAUUUGACUGAGUUUGUGGAACGGCAUUUGUUUGGUAGUGGCCUGUCUCCUCCUCUGACUCGGUCUGGAAUUCAUACCUUAUCACAGCCAGCCAGCAGUGAGGUAGAAGAGGAAGAGCAAGCUUGUGCCGAAGCUCCACCCACGUUCUCCGACCAAAAAUCCACCGCCUCAGUGUCAUCUUCCGAGUCGACAGGCACAGACUCUCACUCGGUUGUUAGUUUGAACGAUAGCGAAGAACUUUCGAGCUCCGAGUCUGAAGACGGGGAUGAGGAUGAAGAGGAGGAGGAAUCUGACGAGGCAGAGGAAGAGAAGGAAGAAGAGGAGGACUCUGGUAGUGAAGUGGAGAUCAUUCAGGAGGUCCACGGUAACGGGACGCUACGAGGCCUCCCAGCCAGCUCGGCAUUUGGUCAUGAAGAACACAAUGACUUCUUAUCGGCUUUCUCGGAGCAGGAAGCUGCCCAGUUUUCUCUUUUACCGCCAGGUGUUGAGAUGAAGAUGGUCGGAGAGGAAAUGGAAGGAGAGGUAUUAAUGGUGAGACUUGGCACUGAUACGGAAGCGGCAGGGGCACUUGAGGAUGAGGGGCCAGUGUCGUCCUACAUGGAGCUCAAACCUUCGACCACUCUCCUGGUUCCGCUUCAGCUCAUGGAGGACCAACAGGAGGAGGUGGACAGCGUGCCACUCCAACUGCCUGACCUGCAGCAACCCGUCGCACCGGACGAGCAGAAAUGUGAAACUCAUGGCAAUUUCUCGUUGGUGCUGGACAUGGAUGAAGACGGCGAUAAGGUGGCGGAUGUUUUACCCGCGGAGUAUUGUCCUCAGCCACCAGAACUUAUAGCAGUGGCCUCAGAUGAUCUUGCAACAGACCCAAAUAUUGUCCUUCUGGCACCUGAUGUGCUUGAGUCUGAGGUGGUCACACCAGAAGAUGAUGGGAAUGAAAUGGAACUUGAAGAUGAGAAUGAAAUCAAGAGGCAGGUUGAGCCACAGAACGAAAUCAAUAGGCAGGUUGAGCCACAGAACAAUUACACUGAGGCAGAACUGAAUGUUGAAGACCCUCAAGAACAUCUCGCUGCUAAAGAGCUUGAGCCAGACGUUCCAGCAGACUCUGAGCCCACCCAGGACGCUGCAGAAACUGUGGAGGACAGAGAAAGCGAGAAUUAUGCGAUGGUGCAAGAUGAUGCCGAUGUGGAGAUGGAACAAGAGGCACCUGAAAUAGUGCAAGAUGAUGCCUAUGUGGAGAUGAAACAGGAGGCACCUGAAAUUGCUGAGACCCAGAAGGGCUCUGAAGAAAACAAGCCUGCUGAAAUGGAAGAGGCUGUCAACCAUGCAGAGACCACAAGCUCUCCAGAGGAACAACAGCAACAUCUUGAUAAUAAGGAAGAGCGUCCAAGUGAGAUCAAAACAAGAAAUGAAGAGGUUCAAGAAGCUUUCACUUCAAUCAAUGAACCUGAAGAGCAUGUCUCAGAAACCUCAACGUCUCAGAAGAAGACAUUUCAGUUCACUCCCACCCGAAUGAUUACACGGUCGAGGAGAACGGUUACGUUCAUCACUCCUGUCUCCCAGGAACCGGAGUUUGGAGAUAACAACCAAGCAGUCUCCUCCUCACCCAGUCGAACCGCUCGAAAGAAAGAAGCCAAAAUUCGAGCCGAUACACCUCGGAGAAGCUCUCGAAAAGUUCCUCAAGUCCAGGAGGACAGUCCAAAGAAUGCCCAGGAUCAGGAGGAGGGAAUGGAUGUUAACGAUACAUCAGCUUUACAAAUAUACUCUAACGCCUCUGCCUCCAGACGACGAGCUUCUCAAAAAGCUGCGCCUGUAAAAACUCCCCUUAAGAGUAAGCCGGAUGCCAGAGAGGAGGAACCAGAUGACAUUGCUCCCAAAGCAGCCACCAAGACUUCCACCCGUGCCAAACGCACAAGCUCUCUGACAGACACCCCGAGGGGGUCCAGUCGGAGAGUCCUUGACAGCAGUGAGGUGUUACAAACGACAACACUGGAAGUCCUAACAGAGGAGGACAAAGAACAUGUGGAUGAUUUUUCACCGACGGUCACGCGUAGCACCAGAAAGACCAGGCUCAAACCAUCAAAGGAGGAAGAGGACGGAACGCAGCCCAACUUCAGCCCCUCGAGAGCCACGCGUCAGUCCAGGCGCAACACUUUGAAUGUCUUUCCACAGAGUGCAACAAAGGAGGCGAGCAUCAGCCAUGACUUGCUCGAGCCCAAAGUGAACAGCACCGCGGGUCGCGCGAACCAACGGCGGAGAACCAGAGGAAAACUGUGGGACCACCCGGAGGAAGACAUGGUUUUACUGGCUACACCUUUGGAAGUGAAUUCGGAAACGCCGGUAGCAGACGCCCUCAUCAAGAGGCUCCAGGAUGAAGAGGAGAAGCAGAAAGGAGGAGCUGUCGGAAAGAUCUCAAAGACCAGGAGUAUGACAUCAUCCAAAGAUGUCCUGAUGGUGGAUUCUGCAAAGGACGAGACCAGCGCAGGAGAACAUUCAUUUAUCUACUUGCCCUCACGGAGGCGAACAAAAGCCGGCAGAGCAGAGUCUCCAGAGUCUGCAGGCCCCAGUGAAGAUGUUCAAGUGGCCGUCACUCGCAAUACGAGAAGAGGUGCUUCAAAGAAAGAAUUGAUUUCAGAUGACGACGACACGGGAAAGGCAAAAGCAGUUUCCAAAAGCAGAAAAAGUUCCAAACGAACAGCCAAAUCUGCCGCAGAGCCGCUUCCUCUAGUUGAAGUGGAUUUGAUCUCGCCGCUGCCCAGCCCAGCCAAUCCGGCCCCGCAAGCCCAGAAGAGAGCGAAGAAAGAGCCAGCCCGGACGUCAUACGGCAUGAACCUCCGCCGUAAACGCAUCAUGGACAAUGUUUUCACCAAGCCCGUAACACGCAGGAAGAACCUUUGAUUGAAAAUAGACUUAAAACUGCUGCUAAAAGUGCUGCUCAGUUUUUUGGGGGGGGGGGGGGGUUGUUCAAAGCCUGCAUCAGUGGCAAUUGUUUUGGUCUGAACCUGGAAGUUAUUGGCUGCUUUAAGACACAGAGGCUCCUGUUAAAAAGCACCAGACAAAGGUGUCACUUUGCCUCUUGUGAGGCUUUAAAUCUAUCCACUUUUACAUUUUAGCUGUUAAUUUUUAAUAUCUUUAAACACUGCUGUUAAGAAAAACAAUCAAUGUUUCUAACGUGUAAAUGGUUAUUUUUUUGUUCCAAAUAAAGUUAAAUAAUGACUCUUAA